GGAAUAACGGUCCCUCAUUAUAGAGCAGAGUCCUCCUCAGCGCUCCAAACAUCUCUGUGGCGUUUUCCUCCCCUCUAACCGGCUCUUUGGGGAAUUUUCAUAUAGAAUCGGAUCUUGGAUGAAGGAGCGGAGCCCAUGCGGACUGCUGCCAUCUGACCCACUCUUAUCAAUGAAGCAGGAGAUCAUGGCGGAGGGUCCCCGGUGUAAGAGGAGAAAACAGGCCAAUCCGAGGAGAAAGAACGUGCUGAGCUAUGAAAACGUGGUGGAUGCCGGUUCAGGGUCCGACGAUGAGGACAGACUGCUGGGAUCUGAGGGUGAAGGCAGUCCAGCAGGUGUCCCGAGUCUGGAGGCUUCACCCCGGGUAGCCCAUGCCCUGCUCUCCUGCCGGGGUGACGAAGAAAAUGAAAGCCAGGAUGGGGCAGGAGCCCAUGUUUGGCGCCACGGGGAGCUGAAUGGUUCAGAAGAGAGAAAAGCUGAGUACAACUCCAUGAGCCCUGACAUCUCUCUUCAUGGAAUUGGAAAUGGUACAGUUAAGGGGAUUGAUGCCUCUUCAGAGCUGGAAAGCUUCUUUGCCAAAAGGAAACUGGAUGACGGUGAGGGACACGCAGCAAGCAUUGCUGAGUACCUGCAGGACACCGUUAUCAUUUACCCAGAGGAUCCAGAGGAAGGUACACGACUGGGCACACCAGAGGCCAACGGACAAGAUGAAAAUGAAAACGAUCUGGCACUGAGGACGCCAGAUGCCUUUGCCCAACUGUUGACCUGCCCCUACUGUGACCGGGGCUACAAGCGACUGACCUCCCUGAAGGAGCACAUCAAGUACCGACAUGAGAAAAACGAUGAGAGCUUCCCCUGUCCCCUGUGCAGUGACACCUUCGCCUACCGCACCCAGCUAGAGCGCCAUAUGGCCACACAUAAACCUGCCAGAGAUCAGCCUCAACUGCUAAAUGAAGGGGCUGGCAAUCGCAAAUUUAAAUGCACAGAGUGCGGCAAAGCCUUUAAAUACAAGCAUCAUUUGAAGGAGCACCUCCGGAUUCACAGUGGUGAGAAGCCAUAUGAGUGCUCCAACUGCAAGAAGCGUUUCUCCCACUCUGGCUCCUACAGCUCCCACAUAAGUAGCAAGAAGUGCAUUGGCCUUAUCUCCAUUAAUGGACGGGUGCGCCAUGGAGUCAACAACAAGCCUGGCUCAUCACCAAACUCUGCUGCAUCCUCUCCUGGCAGUCCUGCCUUAGCUCAGCUCCGUCACAAACUGGAGAACGGCAGGUCCAUGAGCCUCCAAGACCCAUCCGCUCACACAGACAUCAAGUCUGAACCCAUGGACUUCAAUGAGUACCGUCUCAUGAUUGCAUCUCAACAAGAAUAUGGUGCGUCGGGAGCCUUUCUCAAUGGAGGUGGCCGUGGAGGUAGUCCUCCGGGGAUGCACAGCUCAUCUCAGAACCCAUUGCAACAUCUGGGUAUCGGGUCAGAUUCUCAUCCACUGGGCUAUACAGGGUUCAUCAACAACAUGAGUGAGGUUCAGAAGGUGCUUCAGAUUGUGGACAACACAGUUUGCAGGCAAAAAAUGGAUGGCAACCCUGAAGAGAUCUCUAAGCUUCGAGCAUACAUGAAGGAAUUAGGCUCCCAGAUGGAGGAGCAGAAUCGGGUACUGGCCUCACAGCAAAGCUUCCUUGGCGUUGGUCACAACAGUCCCACCAAGACCAUCAUUGACUACACACUGGAAAAAGUCAAUGAAGCCAAAGCAUGUCUCCAGAGCUUAACAGAAGAUUCCAAGAGGCGGCUCAUGGAUAUCAAGAAAGAAAGACCAAGCCACGCCAUGGAUCUUCUAUCUGAAGACAAAGCACUGGAGAGGGAUGCACAGUACGCACCUUUCUCUUGUCAGUAUUGCAAAGAGACAUUUUCUGGCCCUAUUCCAUUACAUCAACACGAGCGCUAUCUCUGCAAGAUGAACGAGGAGAUCAAGGCUGUCCUCAAACCUAAUGAUACUGUACCAACUGGUCGCAGGGGGCUUUUCGGCUCAGAGCAGCAGGCUGGUGUGAUCUCCUCAUCCCUCGAGAGGAAUGCCACCAGCCCAGUCAACCCCUACAAGGAUCACAUGUCAUUACUGAACGUCUACUUUUCCAUGAACACUGAACCCAACUCAGAGGAACUGAGGAAGAUCUCUAUGGCAGUGGGUCUUCCUCAGGAGUUUGUGAAGGAUGCAUUUGUUCAAUGGAAAGCCCAAUCUCACCAUAGCUUCUCUAGGAAAAGAUCUCCUCCUCCUGAGCGAAGUGGAGAGACCAACCAUGUCAGGGAUUCAGCAUUUGCCCGGUCACCGGUUUCUUUGGGGCAAUAUGGCGACUCAACAGCAGAGAUCCAAGCCAUCACCAAUGGGGAUUCAGGGCACAAGUUGUCCAGAACACAUCAGAUUACAGGCACCAGGCAGACCAAUGAAAAGCCACUUGACUCUGUGGACCACUUGAGAGGGGAGACACCCUCACCUUUGAACCUCUCAUCAUCAUCAUCCAAACACUCACAUAGCAGUUCAUACACGCCUAACAGCCUCACCUCUGAGGAUGCCCACGGGGAACCACUAGACUUGUCUUUGCCAAAACAAGUUUCCAAGGCAGAACGGAGGGCCAAACCGAAUGGUUUUUCUAUUGAACACACUAGUAAUUCCACUGCACGUGAACCAGGAACAGAGCCUUUAAAUUUGGCCCACAUCAAGAAGGAGUUCAAUGGACCCAACAGUUUGGGCAAUGAAAAUCAGAUGGAUAAAAGCUCAAGUCCCAUCUUUAGCAUAAACCCCUUUGGUGGAGGCCACAUGUACACCUCUCUUCCACCACAUGGCGCAUUCCCUCCACCCACUUUCAUGUCAACGACUCAAGCCAGCAUACCGGGUCUAAGGCCUUACCCAGGGCUGGAUCCCAUGAGUUUUCUACCACCUAUGGCUUAUACUUACGCAGCAGGAGCAGCCACCUUUGCUGAGAUGCAGCAACGUCGGAAAUACCAGCGGAAACAAGGCUUCCAGGGGGAUCUACUGGACAGUGCUGGGGACUAUCUGUCAGGGCUAGAGGACCUGACAGACAGCGAGUCGCUUCUCGCCCGGAAGAAGAUUAAGAAGACUGAAAGUGGAAAGCGGCCUCACCAGUGCCAGAUUUGCAAGAAGGCCUUCAAACACAAGCACCACCUCAUCGAGCACUCGCGCCUACACUCGGGCGAGAAACCUUACCAGUGCGACAAAUGUGGCAAGCGCUUCUCCCACUCCGGCUCUUACUCGCAGCACAUGAACCACCGAUAUUCCUACUGCAAGCGGGAAGCGGAGGAGCGUGAGGCGGCCAAGCAAGAAAACCACAACAAUGGUGGACCCCUGGAGCCCACAGAGCUCCUGAUGCGGCGGGCUUACCUGCAAGGCCUUGGGCCUCUGGGCUUUUCAGAUCCAGAGGAUCAGGCUGAGGACAUCACACGAGAAAACACCAUCUUAAGAGACGGCACUGAGAGCGGGGCAAGGGAGACGGAAGAGACGUAUGCGGAAGUGACUGACAGACAAGAGACAGGUUUGAUGGGGGAAGAGGAAAUGGAGGGGCAGAGGUUUGACACUCGUAGCCCUGAUGGGACAGCAAAAGAUGAGAAAGAGAGUGAAGUGACUGGAGGGACAGAGGACGAAAGCUCGGAGGAGGGGAAAAGAAACCAUGACGGCGAGAACGAGGAUGCCGAUUAACUACUGCAUUUCGGAAUAAGCUUCUUUUUCGUUUACUCAAAAGCUUGCAUCGCACCCUUCUUCCGCUCCUUUUGGAGGGACUUUGAGCCAGAUUCACAAUUAAACCACACACACUGCCACGUCUUGGGUGUGCGCCUGAGACUCGCACUCGACAAAAACAAAGAGUGGAACUCCAAAAUCAGGCCUCACAUGAAGGAAUCCAUAUUAUGCAAAAACACAAGUGAAGACGAUUGUCAGAAUGAAAAACAAAAGAGGUUUUUAAAUUGUACAGAGUUUUCAACCAGAAAGCUGUGCGGUGCUGAUUUCCGUAUAACUCCUGUGUUUCAUUGUGGUCGUAGCACAAGCCUGGAAAUUGCACUCUGAAAAUAAAAAAAGAAACAACAAGUGUGAGAAAAAAGGAAAAAUAAAAAACACAAAAAAUUAAACGAACAAAAAGGUAAAAAAAAAAAAAAAAACAGAGAGAAGAAAACAUUGCCUAUAUGUACUUAUACUGCGCUUGAAGACGCAGUGGUGUGUCAGUGUUAUAUUUCGUCUAUCACUUACUGUGAUACCCUUGGUUUUACCUUUCUUUUCCUGACCAGCCAUUUGAGUUUGGCGUCUCACCAUGGCUUUUUUUUAUGAAGCGACAUUAACUAAAUAAUACCUAUAUGAUUCUUAAACGUACAAAGUCUUAAAGUUGGCCAGGGGUGGACGGAAAGAGUCUGGGUAACUAUUGACGGAGGCUCAUUGUAUGAGGCAAUGUCAGAACCCCUGUGUUUUAUUUCUAUUUUGUUUUUCGUUCGAGAAAAGCCUUAUAUGCAAACCCUUUCACCUGUGUUUUCUGCAAGUGCCAUCCUUGUACAGUAUAAAGCGAAGUCAACUAGUGUUCUCUUUGCACCUGCUUUAGUAUUAAAAGAACUAUUUCACCUUGUCGUUUGAAAUACCUACGUCAGUAUUAGUAUAUCUAGACUGCAGUUGUUUAGUUUACAUAUUGUUUGUGCAAUUUUCUGUAUUUUUAUUUUUUAUUUUAAGAUCAUCUGUCAGUAUUAUCUUGGUUUGUUUUUUGUUUUGUUCAAUACAAAAUUCGUUUUUAUUUUAAACUACCAUUUUAUUUAUGUGACUCAUUUUAUAUUUCCUAAUUAUAUUUAUUUCAUACUGUAGUGUACAGUAUUAUAGUUCCUUGAUAUAGAUAUAUUUUAGUAAAUAAGGAUCCUUAAAAGUGGAGCAAAUUUUACGUAAAGAGAGCAUUUAUUGUAUCGGGAGCAAUCGCUGUGAGUUGCUCUUCAUACUACACUUAUCUGAUGAAGGAGAAUCUACAAUUUGGGAACUUUUGAUACAAUAUUGUGAAAACACUGUAUUUUUGACUGAAAGGAAAAAAAAAUUCCACUUUAUUCAUCUUAUUUGUUUUUCCUUUUUUUCCCUUUUUUUUAGCUAAAGAAAUAAAGGGGGGCUGUGGUUGUUGGGAUUUUUUGAAAUGUCUGUUGAAUAUAAUUUAAUUUUUAAUUUGUAAUUUCUCUUGAAAACGAACUUGCUCGAAUAAAUGUAGCCCAAUUUAAUUUUGAAA